ACUCCUCACAACCGCCAGACUUUCAUUAGCUCAUCCAUCAAAUUCCUGCGACAGUAUGGGUUUGACGGGCUGAACCUGGACUAGCGGUUCCCUGGAUCUCAUGGGAGCCCUGCUAAAGACAAGCAUCUCUUCACCGUCCUGGUGCAGGAAAUGCGUGAAGCUUUUGAAGAAGAAGCCUUUGAGAACAGUAGGCCCAGGCUGAUGAUCACUGCCACGGUAGCUGGUGCUGUCUCCAUCAUCCAUUCUGGCUAUGAGAUCCCCCAGCUGUCACACUCCCUAGACUACAUCCAGGUCAUGACUUACAAUCUCCAUGGCUCCCAGGAUGGCUACACUGGAGAAAACAGUCCCCUCUACAAAUCCCUAAAUGACACUGGCACCAACACGUUCUUAAAUGUGGACUACAUCAUGACCUACUGGGAUGAAAAUGGAGCAGCUCCCGAGAAGCUCAUUGUUGGAUUCCCAGCAUAUGGACAAACCUUCACCCUGAGUGACCCCUCCAACACUGGAAUCGGCGUGCCCACUGCUAGUGCUGGGGUACUAGGGCCCUACACAGAGGAGUCCGGCAUCUGGGCAUAUUAUGAGAUUUGCACCUUCUUGAAUGAUGGAGCCACUGAGGCCUGGGAUGCUGAUCAGGAAGUACCUUAUGCCUAUCAGGGCAACAAAUGGGUUGGUUAUGAUAAUGUCAAGAGCUUUCAUAUCAAGGUGGAAUGGCUUAAGCAGAACAACUUGGGAGGUGCCAUGCUAUGGACCCUGGACAUGGAUGACUUCACUGGUGCUUUCUGCAUCCAGGGACAGUUCCCUCUAACGUCUGCCCUGAAGAAAGCCCUCAGAGUGCACAGUAAAAUUUGUGAAAACCUUUUCACAGUGUGGAAACGCCAGCUGCUUCAAGUGAAAGGUGGAAAGACUGUGAGAACGAAGGGGAGCCACCACUCUACCGUCUUCUGUCUGCCUGUGCACAUCUGCGUGAUGUUUGAGGCUGCGUGA